AUGAAGAAGCAAGGGUGUGAGAUUGAAGCAGUAGGCAUUACCUACAAAAUAUACAGUCAUAACAAUGAGAACUCAUUUAGCAUCUUCAAGAAACAGAAUGGUGAACAUGGUAAUCAAACAUCAUCUUCAUCAUCUUCUUCUUCUUCUUCUGGUAUGAGAACAGUACUAAAUCAGGUGAAUUGCAGAGCAAAACCAUGGGAAAUCCUCGCUAUCGUGGGGCCAAGUGGUGCCGGGAAAUCAUCCUUGCUUGAAAUACUAGCAGGCAAGCUCACCCCACAAGCUGGAUCAAUCUUCAUUAACAGCAAUGCUAUUGAAAAGGCUACCUUUAACAAAAUUUCAGGCUUUGUUACUCAAAAGGACAUGCUUUUCCCACUACUUACAGUAGAAGAAACACUCAUGUUUAGUGCCAAAUUAAAGCUCAAACUCCCACCUUCUGAAUUAAGCUCCAGAGUGAAGUCACUAAUGCAAGAGUUGGGAAUAGAUCAUGUGGCUAAAACUCGGGUGGGAAAUGAUGGUAUACGUGGAGUUUCCGGAGGAGAGCGAAGGAGAGUCUCCAUUGGUGUUGAUGUGAUCCAUGACCCUAAGGUGCUAAUCCUGGAUGAGCCAACAUCAGGGCUAGACAGUACCUCGGCAUUGCAAAUCAUUGACAUGCUGAAAAAUAUGGCAGAAAGAAGGGGGAGAACCAUCAUUUUAAGCAUUCAUCAACCUGGGUUUCGGAUUGUGAAGCUGUUUAAUUCCAUCGUUCUAUUAGCAAAUGGCACAAUUCUACACCAUGGCACAGUUGAUCGGCUAGGGUCCAAACUCUGCCAGAUGGGUCUCGAGCUCCCUCCUCAUUGCAAUAUUGUAGAAUUCGCGAUUGAUUACCUGGAAACAAUCCAACAACAACAAGAGGAAGAAAAAUCAGCUUCAUCAUUGCAACAAGCAGCUCCUGCAGCUACCACACAGCAGAGGAGAAAGACUCUACAACAACUAUUUCAGCAAUCUAAGGUCAUGGAUGAAGAGAGUGCAUAUAUGGGAAUUGAGCUUGAAACCCACAGUUUUUCCAACUCAAGGUUGAGAGAAAUAAUAAUUCUUAGUCACAGAUUUUCUAAGCUUGUUUUCAGAACAAAAGAGCUUUUUGCCUGCAGGACCCUGCAAAUGCUGGUUUCAGGGCUGGUAUUAGGUUCCAUAUUCUAUGAUCUUAAGCAUAAUUUAGAAGGGGCAUUUGAGAGGGUGGGAUUAUUUGCAUUUAUCUUAACUUUUUUGUUAUCCUGCACCACAGAAGCACUGCCAAUUUUCCUAGAAGAGAGAGAAAUACUAAUGAAGGAGACCUCCUCAGGGAGCUACCGAGUCUCAUCUUAUGUCAUUGCAAACGCCAUAGUUUACCUCCCGUUUUUGCUCAUCCUCGCCAUCUUGUUCACAGUUCCAGUGUAUUGGUUGGUGGGGCUAAGGCAGGAGUUUACGGCGUUCUCACACUUCUUGCUGCUCAUAUGGUUGAUACUCUACACUGCUAAUUCUGUUGUGGUGUGUUUCAGUGCACUGGUGCCAAAUUUUAUAGUUGGAAACUCGGUGAUUUCUGGAGUGAUGGGAUCAUUUUUUCUGUUCUCGGGCUACUUUAUAUCAAAGAAGGAGAUCCCGAGAUAUUGGAUUGGGAUGCAUUAUUUAUCCUUGUUUAAGUACCCUUAUGAAGGGUUCCUGAUCAACGAGUUUUCAGGGUCAAAUGAGUGUUUAAAGAGCAUGUUUGGGAUGUGUGCGAUGACUGGAAAGGAUGUGCUAAAAGAAGAAGGCUUUAGAGAGGAGAAUAGGUGGAUGAAUGUGUUAAUUACUGUGUGCUUCAUAUUGCUGUACAGGUUCAUAUCUUAUGUCAUUCUCAGAUGUAGGUGCUCCAAAAGGAGUUUCAAGGGUGCUCUUAUUUGAUCAAGGUUUGCAGUGAGCAGUGGCGCUUUAAUAUAUAACAGAGGCCAAAAGCAAGAGCAAAUGAGGUUCAGAUAGCGUAAGACUCGUGGCCCACCUAAUCACGCAAGUAAACAGAUAUACAGCUAAAGAUUGUUGCAGUCUCUCAUAUGAAGACCCUACUUAUUGAUGAAGUGCAUUUGUUUGGUUUUUGCAAGUUGAUAAUUUUAAAAAAGCUUUUGGUGGUUUUCAUUGGUUGCUAAAUUAGCUGCUUACUUUGUUUUUCCUUACUUCUUCAUUAGGAUUUCUGUAAUUACAGUGCAAGCUUAUUUUUCUUUUGUUCUUUUUACCUGCAGCCAGUUAAGUUGCUGGCAUCAGGAACCUAUUAUCCGAAUUAUAAUCAUACUGUAAUGAUAAUAUAUUAAAAGGAAAAAAAUGGAAUACAUUUGUAUCAA